UGUCGAAACGUAGACUGCAUUCGAACUACGCGAAUAAAAAUAUUUACAUUUUUUGUCAACUGUGACAUCAUGGAUUUGACAGUCGAUCAAUUCAUAGACGGUCUACUAAGCAAGGAGGCUUACGAAACUCCUUCAGACACCGUCAAAGAAGAUGAUUUGGAAAUGAAUUUGCCAGAAUGGUUCGAUGAAAAUUUAUAUAAUAGGGGUCGAAGUUUCUUCUGGAGGUUCUGCUUCGGUCUUUCCGGAUCUAUGACUUCGGGACUAAUAUCCGUGUUUUCGGUUCCAACAAUACUAGCAGUGUUAGUCGGCUCACGACGAUCCUCCUCAAAAUACACAGCAUUCAAACGCUAUCUGUCAACAUUUCUACAUGUUAUGUCUUGGUUCCGAUAUGACUUGAAGCCUGGCACUGUUUCGUGGCGAUCUCUAUACGAAGUUCGACGUCGACAUUUGAAGAGCGGGCGAGCGGCUCGCUUGAAGAACAAAGGCACUGUAUCCCAACGUGAUUUAGCUCUGACUCAGUUCGGGUUUCUAGGUUAUGCAGUGCUGAAGCCGGACCGCAUUGGCGUCAACCAGCAAGAGGCAGACGACUGGGAAGCUUAUAACCAUUUGUGGAGGGUUAUUGGUCACAUGUUAGGAAUAGAAGACAGGUACAAUAUAUGUCGUAAGAAUAUAGAGGAAACCCGUGAGGUAUGUCGUUUAAUAUUGGAGCGCGUAUACACGCCGUGCCUGGAGAACGUGCCGGAGUACUUCGAGCAUAUGGCACGCGUCAUGAUGGACGGCAUGUGGACGGUGAACGGUACCAUGGAGUCUGGAAGUCAGAUGUACUUGACGAAGAACCUGGCGAAUGUGCCCGGGUAUAUUUUGACCGAAGCUGAGAGAAUCGAUCUGCAGAGACGCAUUAAAGAAAAAUUAAAUGGAAAACACCCUGAUAUUGGUGUAGAUGCUUCGUUGUUAGUAGAAAAAGCAAGAGUAGAGGGUCUGCCGGAGCGGCCGCCAAGGUUGCUUUAUCUUAAAGACUACGACACAUUGGACAAUGCGCCCGAAUACAAGAAGCUAUCAUUAGCCGCGAAAUAUAAAUUAGCUCUUUUCUCCAUUUUCAUCGCAUUUUACAAUACAAAUAUUGGUCGAGUUUUAAUAAACAGCUAUUUUGUUUUAUCUAUUAACCUGACAGAAUAUUUUCCAUACGUUGCAUUCUUUGUGUACGGAAUCAAGAAUUCCUAUGUAAAUAUAUUUAAGGAAUCACCUUUGGACGACACACCGGCUAAGCCGAAUUCGGAGUACAAUAAGCCGCAGCAGCCUAUACCUUGGUACAAGGCGAUAUUAGCAUUUUGGUAAAUGUGAGAUUCAGUUGUAAAAUUAUAGCACCAUGAUUUGAAACAACAAAAUCUAUAUAUAUAAAAGAAAGU